GAGACUUUGAGGGGGUUACAUAAAGAAUAGGUAGAGGUGGGUUUUGUGGGAGCAAAGAAGCCUGGUGACUAAUGCAAAAAAUGAAGAACAUUGGGAGCAGUGGAAGACUGUCAACUGAGGAGAGUGAAGAUGAGGAUAUCUCAAGGUUGGCCAUAUCUACAUUCCAAGCUAAAGAGGAAGAGAUUGAGAGGAGGAAGAUGGCAGUGAAGGAGAAAGUUGAACUUCAGUUGGGACGUGCCGAAGAAGAAUCUAGGCGCUUGGCACAGAUUUGGGAUGAGCUGGAAGUACUUACAGAUCCUAUGAGAAAAGAAGUGGCAGCUGUACGUAAGAAGAUUGACAUGGCUAACAGGGAUCUAAAGCCGCUGGGGCAGAGCUGCCAGAAAAAAGAGAAAGAAUAUAAAGAAGCCCUGGAAGCUUUCCAAGAAAAGAACAAAGAAAAAACCCAGCUAAUAGCCACAUUAAUGGAGUUGCUGACAGAGAGUGAGAAACUCCAGAAUAGUAGGUGUUGA